AUGGAUUUCUAUAAUGAUGAAGAAUUAAGGAAAUUAAGGGAACUAAAGACUCCUCAUAUAGCCGUCCCUCAAAAAUUUAAAGAUUUGUCUCCAACAAAACCAUUGAAUUGGAUAGUUAGACAAAAAGAAGAAGAAGAAGCUGAACAAAUACAAAAAGAAAGUGAAAUUAAACCAAAUUAUAAUUCAAUAAGUAAAGACUCACCAAAAUUAAAUUCUAAUACUUCUAUAAAUACUCAUUUAACUGAAACUACAAUGGAUUCUUAUGAGACUGCUUUAGAUUAUCAAAAAUCUCAUUCUGUUUCUUCAUCAAUGUCAAAUAAAGAAAAUGAGAAUGUGAAUUAUAAUGAAAUUGAAGAUUUAAAUGAAGAACAAGAUGAUUCAAAUUCUACAAUAACGAGAAAUCAUCAACAACAGGGUGAUACGACAUUAGGCCUAGGUAUAGGAGAUUUAUCAUUAUCAAACCCUGUUGAAGUUACAAGGCAAAAUAAUUGGGAUUUUGAAAAACCAAAUUCACAAUCAAAUUCACAAUCAAAUCUUUAUAAUGAUGACCCAACUCCCAAAAUUGAAGACUAUAGAUUUAAUAAUCAAUAUAAAUACCCCCCUCCAAGUAUAGACUCCCCUAAAUCAUUAGAUCAAUCAACUCCAUUAAUUCAACAAGAAGUUAUAAAUUCACCACAAUCAAUUAAUCAAUAUAAUAAUGAUCCAACACCAAAAAUUGAUGAUUAUGAAUUCAAUGAAAACUAUAACUAUAAGCCAAACAUAAACAUUAAAGAUCAAGGUGGAUUAUUAUCAACUCCUAAACCAAAAGUUUUCCAUCCAUCUCAUGGAAGUAUAAGUUAUAACGUUACACCUGUUUUAGAACCAACAACUAAAGAAUCAGAUAAAGGUGGGAUAAGUCGUUCAACAAGUCCUUUAAAUCAAACAGAUGCUCAGAUUGUUGAAGCUAAUCAAAUUGCUAUAACACCUGUUAAGACAUCACCAAGAAAGACAAGUACUACAUCACCAAUUAAAAAAGAAGUAGAACAACAAGAUACAAGUAUAAAUGAUACAAGUUUGGGGAAUGAUACUACUUAUUCAAAUGAAAGUGAAUACUUGAAAGAUUUAAAAAAAGAAAAACAUAAUACAGUGAGUUUAUUAUCUGGUGGUAAUGAUGAAUUUAAAGGAUCAAAUAUGAAUAGAAAUUCUGUUAUUUUCAGAACAACAAAAGAAGAUGAAAAAGAAGUUUCAUUAUUUUUAAAAGCAUUACAUUCAUUUGAUUCAAAUUCUUUAGAAUUAACUUCAGAUUCUGCCAUUUGUUUAUCAUUUGAUGCGAAUGAUGUUGUUUUCGUUCAUUCUGUUGAUACUAGUGGAUGGGGUGAAGUUACAAUGAUUAAAAAUUUUAAAAGAGGUUGGGUACCAAUUAAUUAUUUUACUGAAUUGAUUAAAACUAAUGAAAAUAAAUUAAACAAGUCUAAAGUACCUUUAAAAUAUUUAUUAAUUUCAAGUUCAAAAUUUUUAAGAAAUCCAAUUGAUGAAAAUGAUGGUGGGAUUUCUAUUAAUUAUAUUAAUGAUAUUAGAGAUGGUGUUAGAUAUCUAUUAGAACAAUGUGAUUGUCUCUCUAGAUCAACUGAAAUUGUUAAGAAAAAACCUAUUAUAAGAAGAAUUAGGAAAAGUUUAUUAGCUGAUUGGUACUCAUUAAUGAUUAAAGCUGAUUCAUAUAAACAUAAAGUUUCAUUAGUUCAUAUUGAAACAUUACAAUUGAUGGUGCUACAAGUUAUUAGGAAAUCAUUAGCAUUUUUAGAAAUUUGGGGAAUUGAAAAUGAAUUAUUAAAUAAAGAAAAAUUGGAAAUUGCAAAUAAAAGAUCAAUAGAAAAACAAAAGGAUAAGAAAAGUAAUAUUCCAUACUUGUCAAAACAACCUUAUGCUAAAGAACGUUUGAAUGAAAUUCAUAAUUUAUUAUUCAAUUAUAUUGGGUUAAUUUUAGGGAGAUUAGAUAUGAUUGAACAUAAUCCUUCCGGGUGUCAAUUAUUAGAAAAUUUAAUUCAUCAAAUGAUUUUGCUGCUUAGAGAGAUUCUUUAUAUUUCUAAAUCAUGUGUCUUGAUUUUAAAUGGUCGAAAUACUAAAGUGGAAACAAAAUUUGAUGAUAAUUUAGAUACGCUACUUUCAUUGGUUUCUGAGUUAGUCUCUGCAGUUAAGCUUUUCGUCACCAAAACCAUCCAUGAAAAUUACGAUGCUGGCAUGGUCAAAGUACAAGAUGGGCUCUAUUACUACUCUGCUGAAGGUGACGAGUUGAUUGGGAUUGUGUCCAAAAUGACGAGAUCGAUUUCUGCUUCAGUCGAGAAUUGUUUCAGGUACAUAACGUUGAUCGGCGAUUUCACUUUAGGCGAAGAAAAAAGAUUCCCAGAUUUCCAAUUAAUCAAGAUAACACCGGAUUCUUUCAUCAAGACAUGUUCUGAAGGGUUGUUGAAGACGCUUGACAAGGGCAAAGUGGACUUGAAGAUGCUGCAACGGUCCACUGUGAAGAGACAGUCUCGGUUCUCGAUGGUUCGUUCGGGUAGAGAUAGUGAGCUGAGGUUGACAAGCUCGGGUACUAAUCUUUUACAAGAAUUUUUACCAGAUUCUAAAUCAUUUGUACGUGAUUCCGUGUUUGAGCCUUAUUUAAAUGAAUCUAAUGAUGCUAGUGAUUUACAAAUUCCAUUUGAUAUCAAGAAUGAAGUUGUCUAUGAUUCUCAGGGGAAAUUGAUUGGUGCUUCUUUUAGAGGCUUAGUUUACUUGUUAACUGAUGAAUUAACAAAACCUGAUCAAUUUUUAACUUCAUGUUUCUUUUUAACUUUUAAAUUAUAUUCAAAUGGUGUGGAAUUAAUUGAAGAAUUGAUUGCAAGGUUUAAUAUAACAAAUAAAUUUGAUAUUAAUGAUGAUUAUGAUGAAUUAGGUGAAUAUUCUUCAUAUGAUUCUAGGCUGAAGAAUAGAAGGAAAUUGAUUUGUAAAAUAUUUCAAAUUUGGUUACAAAGUUAUUGGGAUUAUAAAAAUGAUUAUAAUUUAUUACCAACUUUAAUAAAUUUUUUCAAUGAAGGUGUUUCACAAUUUUUACCAAUUGAAUCUAAAAAAUUAAUUGAAUUAUGUUCAAAAUUAACUGGAUUAACUCCAAGUAAGAUUAAAUCAUCACCAUCAAAUUCAAAUACAAUUAUUUCAAACUUAUUAAGUGAAUCUAAAAGUUCAUCUUCUAUAACAAAUGGUUCAAUUCAAUUAGUCAAGAGAAAUUUAGGUUUAGCUAAAAGAUCAUCAGUAAUUUCCACUUCAAGUUCAGUACCAUCAAUAGUUUCCAUAAAUAAUGAUUUAGAUGAUGAUGAUUAUAUUUUUGAAGAAUAUGAAUUAGCCAAGAUGAACACCACAACAAGAAAUUCAAUGUUAUUACCAUUACCACAUUUAACUUUUAAUAAUAAUUCAUUAUUAAAUAAAUCACAAAUUCAUGAAAUUGAAGCUUUAGUAUUACAAUAUAGAAGAUUUUUAGGUUCAAGUUUAUGGGAAUCUCAUAACUAUUCACAUUAUUCACCAAUUGAUACUGGGUCUUUACUUGAUAAAUGGGUCAUUGCUUGUCAAACUCCAAUGUCGCAAGUUAUUAAAAUUGAUUAUAAUUUAGUUGAUUUAAAUUCAUUUGAAUUUGCUAAACAAUUAACUUUAAUUGAAUCAAGAAUCUUUUUAUCAAUAAAAUCUGAAGAAUUAUUAAAUGGUAAUUUCACACAAAAAAAUUUUAAACCAAAUUCAUCAGAAAAUAUUUCAAAAUCUUUAUUAUUUACAAAUUUAUUAAGUGAAUAUGUUUUUGAUUCAAUUUUAACACCAGGAUUAUCAUUAAAGAAAAGAAUCUUACGUUUUAAAAAUUGGUUAAAUGUUGGUCUUUCAUGUUAUUAUUUAAAAAAUUAUAAUUCUUUAGCUGCUGUUAUUAUAAGUUUACAAAAUCAUAUUUUAUCAAGAUUAGAUGAUAUUUGGUUAGGAUUGUCAGAAAAAUAUCAAAAUUUAUUUAAAGAUUUGAUGAAAAUUAUUCAUCCAAAUAAUAAUUAUAAAGGUUAUCGUUUCAAAAUUUCUAAAUUAUUUGAUGAUAAUGAUUCAAAAUGUUCAGUACCAUUGGUUCCAUAUAUUAAUUUAUUUUUACAAGAUUUAACAUUCAUUGAUGAAGGUAAUAAAGAUUUUAGAAAUUCAAAUUCUUUUCUACGUUCCAAAAUUAUAAAUAUUGAUAAAUUUUUAAAAAUUUCCAAGAUUGUUUCAAAUUUAGAAUUUUUACAAGUUGGUUAUGAUCAUUUACAACAAUCUAAAAAAUCUAAAAGAAGUUCAAUCUUUAGUUUUAAUUCAGGUACUUCUUUAAAUGAUAAUGUUGCUCCUUUAUUACCAUUACAAGAAUUUAUCCUUUUAGAAUUUUGGAGAGUUCAUCAAUUGAAUUUGAAAGAAGAUGAUAGAUAUUGGAAAUUAAGUAAACGUAUUAAACCAUGA